ACAGCACACUCCGCGCUGGACGCGUUCUGACCGUCUGCACGGAUCGCACUCUGUCUGGGGCUCUGUGUUACACAUUCCGCUUGGAUCCUUCGAAAAGCGUCUUUACCGUCGCGGUCGACAGCAGCAUUGAAGCCUAUGUGGAACAGUCGCAAAGUGAAAACCAACUUUACGCGUUCAGUUUCUCAAGAAUGGUUUUAUUGUUGGGCACGCGGAUAUUUCGCGUUUUUAUGGAAUCGUAGAAGAGCAACCGUGUAGAAACGCUUUCGCUUUCCUUUGGAGGCCAAAUGUGCGAUGAGAUGAGCGCAGAGGAAAAGUUUUUUUGUGAUCAGAUUUCCUUGAGUUUGUGCGAUGAGAUGAGCGCAGAGGAAAAGUUUUUUUGUGAUCAGAUUUCCUUGAGUUUGUGAGACUGUUAUCUUGGGAUGGUUGCAGCUGUCUCUUGGUGGAGGAGCGACGUCUCUCCACUUCGACUGAAACAAAGCAAAUGUAGCGACUUCAAGUGGAGCACCUUCGCGUAAAACAGUGGAAACUUGCUACAGAUCAACUGGAGAGGGCUUGUAGAGUUGUAAAAUGAAUCUUAUGGAAAACAAAGGAGGAUAUUCGACCGCUGCUUAAUGUGCAGAGCACAAAACCAUGAUAAAUCGACCCAUCUAAUGUUGCGUCGAGUCAAUAUUUUGACCAUGACUUAAAAGGAGUGCUGACCUGCGUCUCUGCUUGAUGGCUUUUGAUGAAUUUGCGUCGUGUUUAGAUAUAAACAACAACAACAAAAGGCUUUCUGGGCUAUUUAUAUGCUAAUCUAACCCCCUCUUCUUGCCGUGUGAAUCUCAGCGAAGGCAGGAGGGAUGUCGCUGGACGCUUCUUGCGUCCUUUUACUGGCUUUCGUGCUGCUCAGGAGCUCGAGCUCUGCAGGAUCCACUGAAUGUAAAUCAUAUGAUGAACGCUCCAGAAGUGCAGGGAAAAGCUCUCUGUCUGGGGCAACGCUGGACAGAAAAGUGGUCUGCAGUAACAUGGAGCUCCAUCAGGUGCCUUCACCCGAAUCAUUUCCCAACAGAACAGUCUCACUGAUUUUGAGUAACAAUAAAAUCCAGGAACUUCUGAAUGGCUCUUUCAUUGGUUUGCCAUCACUGGAACGACUUGACAUAAAGAACAACAUAAUCGCACAUAUUGAACCGGGAGCUUUUUAUGGACUUUUCGCCCUCAAAAGACUAGACUUGUCCAAAAACCUGAUCGGCUGCCUCCAUGUGGACGUCUUCAAAGGCCUCACAAACCUUGUUAAACUUAACCUUUCGGAGAACAAGUUUUCUUCACUGUCUCAAGGGAUUUUCGACAGCCUCGGCUCUCUGAAAAUACUGGAGUUUGAUAGCCCUUAUCUUCUGUGCGACUGUAACCUGCGAUGGCUGGUGGUCUGGAUCAAAGAGAAGGUGAUCGGGGUGAAGGAGACUCACUGCUCGUUCCCUCGCUCCCUACAGGGUCAGCUGAUAACCUCGCUCAGGCCCGAAACACUCACCUGUGACGCUCCUCUAGAGCUUCCCUCCUUCCAGAUGACUCCGUCCCAGCAUCAGAUCGUCUUCCAGGGAGACAGCCUGCCGUUUCAGUGCAUGGCCUCUUUCGUGGACGAGGACAUGCAGGUUCUGUGGUAUCAGGACGGGAAGAUGGUGGAACCUGAUGCCACUCAGGGCAUCUACAUAGAGAAAAGCAUGGUGCAGAAUUGCUCUUUAAUAGCCAGCGCCUUGACCAUUUCCAACAUCCAGCCGGGAUUCACCGGGAACUGGGAGUGUCGUGUGCGCACCAGUCGAGGCAACAACACCAGGACGGUCCACAUCGUGGUUCUGGAGAGCUCUGCCAAAUACUGCUUACCAGAUCGGGUGUCAAACAACAAGGGGGACUACAGAUGGCCUCGGACACUGGCUGGGAUUACAGCAUACUUGCCCUGUAAACGGCAGGUGAGCGGAGCUGGCAUUUACUCGGGCAGUUCGGCGGAAGAGCUGCGUGCGUGGAGGCGAUGUGGCCGCAGUGGACAGUGGGCAGAGGACGACUACUCACGCUGUGAAUAUAUGAAAGACGUCACGCGUGUGCUUUAUAUCAUCAAUCAGAUGCCUCUGAAUCUGACCAAUGCGGUUCAGACGGCGCAGCAGCUGUUGGCUUACACCGCAGAGGCGCCCAACUUCUCUGACAAGGUGGAUGUGAUAUUUGUGGCGGAGAUGAUUGAAAAAAUCAGCAAGUUUGCAGAGAAGUAUAAAGAGCUGGGAGAUGUGAUGGUGGAUAUCUCCAGUAAUCUGAUGCUGGCUGAUGAGCGAGUGUUAUGGAUGGCUCAGAGGGAGGCGCGAGCUUGCUCACGUAUCGUCGAGUGCCUGCAGAGAAUUGCCGUUCUCCGAAUCAGUAAUGGGGCUCUGGCCUAUUCUACUAACUCUCAUAACAUUGCUCUGGAGGCUCAUGCCAUCAAGGCCAGCAGCUUCAAUGGAAUGACCUGCACUCUGUUCCAGAAGCUCUCACCGGAGCGCACACCCGUGGCCCAUUUUUCUCCCAGAGACCCCGACAUCAACCCGGAGCGCCAGCUCAGCUUCAAAUGCAACGUGACCAGCAACCUGUCUGCACUGGCUCUCAAAAACACUGUAGUGGAGGCGUCUCUACAGCUUCCCCCGUCGCUCUUCUCGUCUCUGGGAAGCUCAGGUCAGGCCGAAGAAGCCGUCUAUAAGCUACACCUGCUGGCCUUCCGCAACGGCAAACUCUUUCCUCCGACGGGCAACUCCACCCUCCUGAGCGACGGCAGUAAGAGGAAGAGUGUGGUCACACCUGUGAUCCUCACAAAGAUCGAGAAUUCUGUGCGGAAUUCAAAUGCUUCUCACUGGAUCUCGCAGCGCUGUGCAGAAACAGUGUCGCGAGAUCAACACUGGUUCCUGAGUAAACCUGUUCUGAGCUCGGACCAGUUUGCUAGCUCGCACUGUGUUCAAUCAUUGGUCCGAGCUGAUAAACAGUCCGGGCUGCGCAGCUCAAACGAAUUUUCCUUCAUGGUUGACGUGUACCGUGAGCCUUUGACUUUAGACCUGUUUGAUCUGAACAGGACCGGGAACGACACAUACAGCUUCGAACCUCUUCACCCUGUUAUCUACGCCACCGCCAUCAUCCUGGUGCUCUGCCUGCUGUCAGUCAUAGUCAGUUAUAUCUACCACCACGAGUCGGUGCGUGUGAGUAAGAAGUGCUGGCACAUGCUGGUUAACCUGUGCUUGCAUAUUCUUCUCACCUGUGCUGUGUUUGUGGGCGGCAUCAACCAAACGUACAACGCAAGCGUUUGUCAAGCGGUGGGAAUAGUGCUGCAUUACUCCACGCUGGCUACGGCCUUGUGGUCCGGCGUAACGGCACGCAACAUCUACAAACAGGUGACGCGGAAGGCCAAACGCUACGAGGAGCUGGACGAGCCUCCGCCUCCACCCAGACCUAUGCUGAGAUAUUUUCUAUUAAUUGCUCACUUAAGAACAAUAACAUGCAUUUCGAAAAUAAAUGGGGUGAAGUCUAUAAAAAAACACCUGUUGUCUUUCCUCAGCUGCUGGAUGGCAUGGGAACCCAGUCUUGGUGCGUUUUACGGCCCGGCAGCCUUCAUCGUUUUCGUGGACUGCAUGUACUUCCUCAGCAUUCUCGUUCAGCUCCGCCGGCACCCCGAGCGCCGCUUCGAGCUCAAGGAACAGUCUGAGGAACAGCAGCACCUUUCUGUGGCCGAAGCGACCGAAAUCACACCGGCCCACCUGGAGUCCUCGUCUGCAGCCGUCGAUCAACCGGUCCCGAUGUCGGCUCUGGAGAACGAACAUACUUUUGUGGCCCAACUCAUUGGCGUGGCAGGGUCUCUUGCGCUUUAUGUCGCUCUGUGGGUGUUUGGUGCUCUUGCGGUGUCCCAGGAGCAUCCGGCAGAUUUGGUGUUCGCCUGCCUCUUCGGCGCCGCCGCUUUGGCUCUCGGGGCGUUUCUUGUGGCGCACCACUGCGUGAACCGUCAGGACAUGCGGCGUCAUUGGUCACGAGCUUGUUGCCUGGUUCGCCGUAACUACGCCGUAGAGGUUGAUUCCCUGCUGUUGCCUGUCGCCGGUGGCUCCGUCUUGACAGCAAGGGGAAACGGCGAAACUGUGAAGUGUCCAGCCAGCAGCGCCGAAUCCUCGUGCACUAAUAAGAGCGCGCCGAGCGUCCGUAACUCCACCCAGGGCUGUAAACUGACCAAUCUGCAAGUGGAAGCCGCUCAAUGCAAAGCGGCCCCUUCUAUGGAGAGUUCUGGGAAUAUCAAGACUGGCUUGUGGAAGCAUGAAACUGCUGUGUAG